CGCACUAGGUGGAAGUGCUGACGUCGCGGGUUGGCAGGGGCGGGGCCUCAAGGGCACAGCACCCCGGCUGGGUUGCGGAGGUCCCUAAGCUGAGGCGAAGAGGAGCUGGGAGAGACGUGCGACUGGAACAAAACCAGCGACCAGGAUGGGCCACUGGUCGGCAGUCACAGACCACUGGUUGGAGUCACAGAGCAAGGAUGGAGGAUGCAGUGACACUGGCCAUGGACCAGCCAGCUGGCCUGCAGGUGGACUACGUCUUCCGGGGUGUGGAGCAUGCCGUGCGGGUGAUGGUGUCUGGGCAGGUGCUAGAGCUGGAGGUGGAGGACCGGAUGACGGCCGACCAGUGGCGGGCCGAGUUCGAUGCCAGCUUCAUCGAAGAUUUGACUCACAAGACAGGGAACUUCAAACAGUUCAACAUCUUCUGUAACAUGCUGGAGUCGGCCCUCACCCAGAGCAGUGAGUCGGUUACCCUUGACCUGCUGACCUACACAGAUCUGGAGUCCCUGCGGAACCGAAAGAUGGGGGGCCGCCCAGGCCCCUUGGCCUCGAGAUCGGCCCAGCUCAACUCCAAGCGCUACCUGAUCCUCAUCUACUCUGUGGAGUUUGACAGGAUUCACUACCCGCUGCCCCUCCCGUACCAGGGCAAACCAGACCCUGUGGUCCUGCGGGGCAUCAUUCGCUCACUAAAGGAGGAGCUGAGCCGCCUUCGAGGGCUGGAUGGCCAGGACACUCGGGACAGCCGGGAAACUGAGAUCUGGCAUCUGCGGGAGCAGGUGUCGCGCUUGGCGGCUGAGAAGCGCGAGCUGGAGGCCCAGCUGGGCAGAUCGCACGAGGAGGCGCUGGCCGGGCGGGCGGCGCGCCAGGAGGUCGAGGCGCUGCGCGGGCUCGUGCGCGGCCUGGAGCUGGAGCUGCGGCAGGAGCGCGGCCUCGGGCACCGCGGGUCCGGCCGCCGAAGCCAGGAUUGCCGCCGCCUGGCCAAGGAGCUAGAGGAGGUGAAGGCAUCGGAGCGGAGCCUGCGUGCCCGGCUGAAGACGCUGAACACUGAGCUGGCCAUGUACAAGAGGGGGAGACGGACUACACCGGUGGUGCCGCCCUCGGCCCGGGAAGAUCGGGCUUCGACGUCUCGGGAGCGCUCCACGUCGCGUGGCCGUGGCGCUGCCCGCUCCUCAUCCCGGGAGAGCGACCGCGGGGGCCGGGGUCAAGGCCGCCCUGCCCGCCCCUCGCCCUCGCCCACAGGUGGUCGCGUGCCCCGUUUUGACCCAACAGCCUUUGUGAAAGCCAAGGAGAAGAAGCAGAGAGCAAUCAAGAUGAAGCAGCAGCAGCAGCGAAGCCGAUUGGGCAGCGGAGGAAGCGGGGACGGUCCAUCCGUCUCCUGGUCUCGCCAGACUCGGCCCCCCGCAGCCGUGACCGGUCGAGGAGACGCGGCUAACCGCUCCCGAAACCGCAGCUCCUCGGUGGACAGUUUCCGCAGCCGCUACUCGUCCGCCAGCUCCUGCAGCGAGUUCGAGGAUUUCUCUGAAUCCCUCCCUAGAGGCGUUCGUCGCCGGGGGAAGCCGCCCAGCCCCACCACCUGGAGUGGGUCCAAUACGCAGAAGCCUAGCCCCCUGGAACGCGGCCGCCAUCAGAGACGCCUGGCUGAUUCGGGGGGCUGGGUCCCCAUCAAAGAGUACAGCUCGGACCACCAGGCAGCUGACAUGGCCGAAAUCGACGCCCGCCUGAAGGCCUUGCAGGAAUACAUGAACAGACUGGACAUGCGCUCGUGACCUCGGAGAGAGACUACUGCCCCUCCAAUGGAUUCGGAUGGAUUCGGCGUGAGGGGCGGGGCCGGUGUGUGCUGGCCCCGCCCAGGCCCCCCGCUCCUUCUGGUGCUCUUGGGGUCUCAGGUGUGUGAGGCCCUAAUCCCUACGUCUCCCGAAGCCAUUGCAUUCUGGGAGGGAGGGUAAGUGUGUUUUGUAAAUAAAC